UCUGCAUAAGCCUCCCCCGCGCGCCCCUUCCUCUCCGCAGGCACCCCAGCAGUGGCGACACUGCUGCGGCGGGUGCGCGCUCCGAGUCUUAUGCGACAGGAGGGUGAGUGACGGCGGAGCAGGGGGUCGUUGGGGAGGAAAAGCCCCCGGAGCCGGGGAACACGCGCUCCGGGGCGGAGUUGUUUAUGGGCGGAGAGCGACAGAGGUUCGCCCUCCUCCUACGUUGGGGGAACUUUGGCUCCCUCGGCGCAUGGCCUAUUUGGAACCAUCGUAACCCCCCAGCGGCUGCCAUUCCCCGGGAGUCCCCGUCCCUGAGGCGAAGAAUCACUUUCGGCCCCCGGCCUGGGUGGCCGGGACCUCGGGGCUGAGGGUGUUUCCAGCCCUGCGGGCCUGGGCCCCUGUCCUGUGACCCAGUGAUCCAGUGACUCCUUCUUGGCCAUCGGGCCAUCCGGCGCCGGAGGCGGCCUCUGGCUCCAGCCCCCUAAAUCUGCCUGCCUGCCAAGCACCUGGAGGGGAAGAGGUGCGGGUUGCUGGUACUGCUGUUUCCGAUGCCCACAGCGUCCAGCUGUGCACAGGUACCUACCGUGGCCUUUCUGGGAGUGGUGGGCUUGGUAGCCCCUGCCCCCCUGGUGCUUGGCACAGACUAAGUAAGUGCUCGGUAAAUGGCAGAGAGUUAUUUUGAGAAUGGAGUGGCAGUCCCUAGCUCCUUGAUGCUCAGUGAGUGCUGGCUGUUAUUCCUACAUGCUCCAGCAACUAACAAUGACAAGAGCAGGCACUAGGAUACCACAGGAAGGAGAUCUGGUUCUGGUCCCGGGAACUGGAGGGAGGAAGGGGAGUCAAAGCUGUUAGCCCACAAUUACAGCAGGAUGAUAUGGGAUCCCAGCUUCAAAUGGUUGAGAGAAUGAAUAAUAACUGGCAUGUGCCGGGCACAUACUAGGAACGUGGUGAAUCUUUAUUAAACAAAUAAAAGAGCCGAUAGUUUGCAGGCAGCUCAGCCUCCUCCCUCUCUUGGUUUUAUUCCAGCAGUCAAUUAAUGAGGUGCUCCGUUGGAUGUAGGAGGGAGGCUGGCCAAGCUGCUUUUGCCAUUGCCCCCUUUCUCCUGACCACCAACCUCACUGGAGUUUUAGGUCAGAAUCAAAAUGGGCGUCCCUAGGUGGAGAAAGUGGUGUACACCUGUGUAUGUUAUGUGCACUUGUGGGUAUUUCAGGAGAUUGGAGCAGUGGAUUUCAUCAAAUUCUCAAAAGGGACCCCAAGAUGGUUAAAGAUACUGCCUUAUCAGUGGAUGUUCCCCCAAAGAAAUGAACUUGGCCUGGUCGUUCCUUUGUUGCCCCAUGUUACCACACACCGAAUUUUCACUACUGUGUGUUUGCUCAUUGCUGUGCAAGAGCAGUGUUGUUUUAAGUGUUUCUUAUUUUCCCCACCAGUCUGCCAACUGGCACCGCACCCUCUGCUGGCGUGCCUGUGGUUGCCAUGGUUCAGAGCUUUGUACAUGGUGGGUGUGAAGUCAUUAUAAUUACUCUAACUGACUUCAGGGUGUGCAGAAGGAGAACAGUGUGGAAGGCAGGCACGUGCGGGGCAGCCUUUGUUCUGAACUGGAUGUAAAUUGAUGCCUUUGCUGAACUUGGAUCUGGCUGCUGUUGGAACACACUUGAGAAUUCUAACCUGUGACCUGGUCUUUGUGGAGUAGCAUGAGCCCAGGAAUCAUCAGGCUGCAUGGUCAAGCCCUCAACCUCUCCCAUCAUAUACACAAACUGCUCCAAGUACCAGGAGGUAUUCAGGCAGGGCCAGGCCAAGCUAGUCUUUCUUUGGAGAGUGAUCCAGGGACUUUGAACCUCUGUUGGCCCCAUCUCCACCAGCCCUGUUCCAAGUAACGGGAGGUGUUCCAGGCAGGGCCAGGCCGAGAUAGGUCUUCAUCGGAGAGUCAUCCAAUGUCCCUGAACCUGUUGGCCUCAUCUCCACCAGCCCUGGAGUCUGGCCCGCCUCCCCUCCUCCCACCUACCCCGCCUCCUUCCCUCCGCCUUGGGCUGGAGAUUCAGCCCGCCCUCUGCCUGGAAGCCUCGCCUCCGCCCCUCUUUCUUUGUCACAGCUCCUCCCAUUCAGGCAGACCCGCUGAGGAAGGUUCUUCGGUUCCCACCCCACCCACUCUGGGUCUAAACUGGCAGACAUGGACCAUCUAAAAGCCAGGGCUCUCCCAGCCAGGCACUGCUGCCCCUCCCUGGGAACGCGGGCCUGGGUGAGCGGCAGCGGGAGGUUCUCUGUGCCACCCUCCACCAGCAGGAGCCUGGCCAUGGUGAACGAAGCCCGAGGGAAUGGUGGCCCAGGGUCCCGCUCUGAGGGCAGCAGCAGUGGUAGUGAGAGCUCCAAGGACAGCUCAAGAUGUUCCACACCAGGCCUGGACCCAGAGCGGCACGACAGGCUCGGGGAGAAGAUGAGGCGGAGGAUGGACUCUGGAGACAAGUGGUUCUCUCUGGAAUUCUUCCCUCCCCGGACCAUUCAGGGGGCUGUCAAUCUCAUCUCAAGCUCCCGGACGGUGGUGAAGGGUGGUGCUCUCCCAGGAGCCGCUCUUCAGAAAGACAUUACCUACAGGUUUGACCGGAUGGGGGCUGGUGGUCCCCUCUUCAUCGAUGUGACCUGGCACCCAGCCGGGGACCCGGGCUCUGACAAGGAGACCUCUUCCAUGAUGAUCGCCAGCACUGCUGUGAACUACUGUGGCCUGGAAACCGUCUUGCACAUGACCUGCUGCCAUCAGAGCCCAGAGGAGAUCACGGGCCAUCUGCACAAGGCCAAGCGGCUGGGACUGAAGAACAUCAUGGCGUUGAGGGGAGACCCUGUAGGUGAGCGGUGGGAAGAGGAGGAAGGAGGCUUCAACUGUGCUCUAGACCUGGUGAAGCACAUCCGAAGCGAGUUUGGUGACUACUUCGAUGUCUGUGUAGCGGGUUACCCCAAAGGCCACCCCGAAGCAAGGAGCUUCGAGGCAGACCUGAAGUACUUGAAGGAGAAGGUAUCUGCAGGAGCCGACUUCAUCAUCACCCAGCUUUUCUUUGAGGCUGACACAUUCUUCCGCUUUGUUAAGGCUUGCACCGAGAUAGGCAUUACCUGCCCUAUCCUCCCCGGAAUCUUUCCUAUUCAGGGCUACCACUCCCUUCGGCAGCUCGUGAAGCUGUCCAAGCUAGAAGUGCCACAGGCAAUCAAGGACGUGAUUGAGCCCAUUAAAGACAACGAUGCUGCCAUCCGCAACUAUGGCAUCGAGCUGGCUGUGAACCUGUGCCAGGAGCUCCUGGCAGGUGGGCUGGUGCCAGGCCUCCACUUCUAUACGCUCAACCGCGAGGUAGCCACCAUCGAGGUGCUGAAGCGCCUGGGCAUGUGGAUCGAGGACCCCAGGCGUCCCCUGCCCUGGGCUCUCAGUGCCCACCCCAAGCGCCGGGAGGAAGAUGUGCGUCCCAUCUUCUGGGCCUCCAGACCAAAGAGUUACAUCUACCGCACCCAGGAAUGGGAUGAGUUCCCCAAUGGCCGCUGGGGCAAUUCCUCCUCUCCAGCCUUUGGGGAGCUGAAGGACUACUAUCUCUUCUACCUGAAAAGCAAGUCCCCGAAGGAAGAGCUACUCAAGAUGUGGGGGGAGGAGCUGACCAAUGAAGAAAGUGUUUUUGAAGUCUUUGCACACUACCUCUCGGGAGAGCUGAAUCGGAAUGGCUGCAAGGUGACUUGUCUGCCCUGGAAUGAUGAGCCCUUGGCGGCUGAGACCAGCCUGAUGAAGGAGGAGCUGCUGCGGGUAAACCGGCAGGGCAUCCUUACCAUCAACUCCCAGCCCAACAUCAACGGGAAGCCAUCGUCCGACCCCAUUGUGGGCUGGGGCCCCAGCGGGGGCUAUGUCUUCCAGAAGGCCUAUUUAGAGUUCUUCACUUCCCGUGAGACCGUGGAAGCGCUCCUGCAAGUGCUGAAGAGAUAUGAGCUCCGGGUCAAUUACCACAUAGUCGACGUGAAGGGUGAAAACAUCACCAAUGCCCCCGAGCUGCAGCCCAACGCAGUCACUUGGGGCAUCUUCCCCGGGCGAGAGAUCAUCCAGCCCACAGUGGUGGACCCUGUGAGCUUCAUGUUCUGGAAGGACGAGGCCUUCGCCCUGUGGAUUGAGCAGUGGGGCAAGCUGUACGACGAAGAAUCCCCAUCCCGCAUGAUCAUCCAGUACAUCCACGACAACUACUUCCUGGUCAACCUGGUGGACAACGACUUUCCGCUGGACAACUGCCUGUGGCAGGUGGUAGAGGACACAUUUGAGCUGCUCAACAGGCCCGCUCCGAAAUGAGAGCCAGACGGAGGCUCAGUCACCUGGCGUCCUGACAUCCUUAGCCGGGGCCACUUGAGUCCCACCUGCCUCCGCCCACAAGCCUUGAUUAUCCUGGGAACCGUCUUCUUCCCUCCUUUCUCUCCAAGCCCUGGCCUCCACGUGGCGAUGGCAGCUAGACUGGUGUGAGGCUUCCAGGCUUUGGUUGGAGCUGAGUCGGCCCUGCAUAGAGCCUGGUGUUCCCUGUGGGGGUCCCCCCGCAUCCUGCAGAGAGCCAUGUGGGGGGCACACCAUCCUCUCUGAGAGGAGGAGGUUGGCUAUUGAAGGCUAAGCCUUUGUACCAGUGCUGCCCCUCCGAGCCAGGCAGAGACUUCAGAUGAACUUGCACUUGGGGCCCAUGCAGGAUGGGUGGAGUGAGUACACACCGGCACAGGCUGUCUGCAGAAGACACAUGGCUCCAAGACCCCGGCAGCUGGGCACUGCCCACUUGUGAUUGAAGGUACAAACCACCGCCUGCUUACCUCCUUGCCUGGCCAAGCUCCAGGCCCCCAGACAGGCCUGGGGCUGAAACCUGUCAAGGCAAGCAUUUCUUGCCACCUUCUACCUGAGAGCUCAGCUGGGUUUUUACUUAAGCUGCUUUUUGAAACAGUCUGUAUACUCUGGUGGCUCAACAGAGAAAGUGUCCCUGAAAGGUUAAA